AUGGCUUUGGCUUAUAUUACUGGUGGACAAUAUGUUCCAAUGGUCGAUGCUCAACUAUUAGCAAAGAUUAUUAUUGGUGGAGUUCGUGAAGAAAUGUCAUUAGAUCGUCUAAUGCAAAAUGCGUUGCCUGACAUUGAUUGCGAAAUGAACAAAGCCGAAUCUGAAGGAAUAGAUGAAAAAGCUCAAGCAAAACGAGUUCGUGAUAUUUUUUCUUCGAAAAAUAUAUGUUUAAAACGAAUGAGAAAUUCUCAUGGUGCAUUUUCAUCUGCCGCUACAGAUGGAUAUGCAAAAUGUCCUGAUAUGGCAGAAAUGAGAAUUCAAUUUCGGUUACAAUCAGAAGCUACUCCAACUGUUUCGACUACUAGCAGACAUACUGGAUCAGCAUCUGAAACGGAUUAUGAUCUAUUGGACGAUGAAGUCAUCGAUUUACUACCCACGAUGGGAGGCCGUGAGUCAAGAGCUAAGAUUGAUGCCAUAGAACGGCAACAACAAGCGCUCAUGGAACAGAAUACCAAUAUUGCAAAACGUCUUGCUGAACAAGAAGAAGCAAAUAAACGACAACAUGAAGCUGCGAUUGAACAAAUAGCUAGAAUGUUCUUAGCAUUGAUACAAUCAAAAAAUAAUGAAACAGUUAUAAAUAAUGAAAAACGAGAAAUAGAAAUUGAAGGUACUACAUAUGAAAUUAUUCAAUUUGUUGAUCGAGGUGGUUUUGGUGAAAUUUAUAAAGCAAAAGUUAGAAAUAAGAAUAUGCUAGUCGCUAUCAAAGCUAUGUCAAAUAGACCGGGUCUACAAGAAGAAAUUAAAAAUGAAAUCAAUUUUUUACGUUUAACAAAACGAAUUCCAAUUGAUAAUCAUCCAGUUAUCGAAUAUUAUGGUAGUAAGGUAACGAAAGAAGCUAUUUUUAUAGCAAUGGAAUUAGCUGCUUGUGAUCUUCUAACAUUUUGGGUGAACCAAGUAAAUGAGGGAAAACGUGAAGAAAUAGCUGCUAUUGGUAUCAUUAUUAUUGUUUAUGUGCUACGCGCAUUAGCAUUUCUCGAAAAACUAAACAUUGUUCAUGGUGAUAUAAAACCGCAAAAUCUUGUUAUUGUUCCAAAUGAACAAUCUUUCUGUAUUAAAUUGAUUGAUUUUGGUACCGUAGAAAAAAUGAAUACUCAAUGUGCUCAACUUACAGUCGAUGCUAGCAAAUCGUUCACUCUAUAUUUUGUUUCACCAGAAUUUUUACGACGUAAUGCAAAAAAUUUGGUGUCAAGACAUCUACAUAAAAAAUCUGAUGUAUGGGCGGCAGGUGUCAUGUUUUAUCUUCUUUUUUGUGGUGAAUUACCAUGGAAAGAUCAAGCUGAUUACGAAAAUUUUUGUAAUGAUCAACGUGCUAAAGAUGUUGUUGUACCGGAUAUUGGUGGUUAUAAAAUGAUUAUUGAACUUUUACUAAAGAAAAAUCCUGAUGAUCGUUCAAGUGCUACAGCAACACUUAUGCAAUUAAAAGCACAUCCAGUAUUCGGAAAGAUUAUCGAAUCACUGCAUACGAAUUUUUGUCCUGUUGAUGAUGUAUGUUAUAUGAGAGUACCUGAUGAUGUUCGACAAGGAUUAGCUAAACUUGCACGGCCUGGUCAUUAUGUCGAUGGAUCAAGUUCAUCGUCAAGCAAAGCAUCGUCUGGUCCUCGUCGCCCAUGUCGAUACAGCUCAGAGUGCUAUAGAAAAGAUCCUGAUCAUCGUGCAGAAUUUGCACAUCCAGGUGACUCUGAUUAUGGCCAUUCGGACAAGAGACACUGCCGUUACGGAGCAGACUGCUAUAAUGAUGAUCCUGAUCAUCGAAAACAAUUUGCACAUCCGAAUAAUACAAAACGUGAUGAUGCUGGCAAAUGCCGCUUUGGAAAGGCUUGUACAAAGAGAAACGAUCGAGAUCAUAUGAAGAAAUAUUUACAUGAUUGA